CGUUCCGAGCCGACUUAGCUCGAUUCAGUCGCGGUCGACCCGCCACGGUGCGAGCGAGUUCUGUCGAUUAGUACCUCGUCGAGCGUCCGUUAGUAUCCCGUUCCGUCACUUUCUCGUCUGUCAUUGUGAACGUUUCACCCCGUGGGAGGACCGAGCUAACUAGCUAGCCCUCGUUGUUCACCUGCGAACGCACACCAACGCGCAUCGAGGAAACAAAAGUGUCCUCGUCUUCUUCCGUUCGAAUAUAGGGCCUCGCGAAUCUCGCUUCAACCCCUUCGAGAUUCAACCCCCCGUCGGCUGCUAACGCGUGGCAUCCCGUGGUUCAUCGAACAGGUGUUUCCUGCACAAGUGAUCCGAGAGUCUCGGGGCUGAGUGGGCGGGCGGCAGGUAGGCUGAGCUGAAGGGUGUCACUUAGGGGAUGAUGAUGAUACGGUCGGUCGAGUGUCCGGCGCGGCGAGUGCGGUGAAAUGAGACGGCGUCCAGUGUCCUCGGUGGUCAGUGAUUGUGCUACCCGGCUGGGAACCAGUGCCUGUGGGGGACAGUGCUCGUGAAAAGUGUGUGAAAAGUACGCUCGCGCCCUGGGAUUUCACGCGGAGACCCUCGGAGCGUUCACGAAGUUCGCGUGUUCCACAACUUCAUCUAGAAAACACAUUACUGUCACCAGCACCUCGCCCCAUCGAAACAUGUAGACUGCUCCGCGGUCGAGCGGUCGCAGCCGAGUCGUCGCGUCGGGUUCGGAGAUCGUCGCCUGAACCGUCAGAGCCGGGACUCGCGGGUCGGCCGGAUCCCCGAUCUUUCUCUCGGCGCAGCUGGAGCCGAUUACGCUGGCAAGCGUCCCGGCGUCGAGUAGACAGGUCGCCGAGUGGCAACGCCCUUACCCAGCAAGGAUGAAGGCCAACCUGGUACGUCGGCUCGUCGGCACGUCCGUGACCUAAGGGGCUUGGCCCGGGUCGAGUCUCUUCCGGCCGAAGAGGAGGACACCAAGGCCAAGGGAACCAAGGCACGCGCUCGCGCGAGGGAACACGAGAAGAGGAAAAAGAGCGGGUAACCGGGGAAAGCCGAGCAUGACGACGAUCGCAACUACCUCCGAGCCAACGGAGGUGUCCUCGGUGGACGUGACGAGCCUGCUGAACGCCAUCUCGACCGAGGACAGUCAGUUCGCGAACGGCACCUACCCGGCCGAUCAGAAGUGGUCGGUGCCCGCUACGGUAGCUAAAGGCUGCCUGCUAGGCUCCAUCAUCCUGACAGCCGUGUUCGGCAACCUGCUGGUGAUGGUGUCGGUGAUGAGGCACAGGAAGUUGCGUAUCAUCACCAACUACUUCGUGGUGUCCCUGGCGUUAGCGGAUAUGCUAGUCGCCAUGUUCGCGAUGACGUUCAACGCCAGCGUGCAGAUGACCGGCCGGUGGUUAUUCGGCUACUUCAUGUGCGACGUGUGGAACUCGCUGGACGUGUACUUCAGCACUAGUUCGAUACUCCACCUGAUGUGCAUCUCGGUGGACCGGUACUGGGCCAUCGUCAAGCCGCUCAAGUACCCGAUCAUCAUGACUAAAAGGCUAGCCGCGUACAUGCUGCUGGCUUGCUGGAUCAUGCCCGCGUUCAUCUCGUUCGUGCCGAUCUUCAUGGGCUGGUACACCACCGUCGAGAACAGUAUGCACAGGCGCAAGCACCCCGAGCUAUGCGAGUUCAAGGUGAACAAGAUCUACGUGAUAUUCUCGUCGAGCAUCUCGUUCUGGAUACCCUGCACCAUCAUGACGCUCACGUACUUCGCGGUAUUCAAGGAGGCGAACCGGCAGGAGAAGCAGAUGCACAGCCGAAUGGGCAACGUGAUGCUGCUGAGCCACAGGCCCAGCAAGGACCUGAACAAUCUGAACGGCGAACUGAACAGUGCCGGAUCCUCGAAGACGCUCACGCUGAACGAGAUCAGCACCGAUCAUUUGCACACGCCGACCAAAGACAAGAAUAUCAUGAAGAUGAAGAGGGAGCACAAAGCUGCGAGGACGUUAGGCAUCAUCAUGGGGACCUUCAUAUUGUGCUGGUUGCCAUUCUUCCUGUGGUACGUCAUAACGACCCUGUGCGGCGAAUCCUGCCCGUGUCCCGACGUUGUGAUCGCGCUCCUCUUCUGGAUCGGGUACACGAACUCGGCGCUGAACCCGCUGAUCUACGCGUACUUCAACCGCGACUUCCGAGAAGCCUUCAAGAACACGCUGCAGUGCGCUUUCUGCUCGCUCUGCAGACGAGAGCCGUCCGACCUCGAGGCGCUCGAUUUCCGUCGGCCGUCCCUAAGGUACGAUCUGGUCUGACACAUUGAGGUACGACGACCGGACUAAGAGUAUAUACUCGGAGACGUAUGUCAAGCACAUCGACCGACGAAGAUCGAGCGAGUUCGGUAGCAGUCUCUGAGAUGAGACUGGGCAGCGACUUUAUACGUUAAACUGCAUUCGCAAUAAGAUACGCGUACCACGUACAUACACGCCCACCAAUACAUCCGUAACCGUCAUCCACCAACACACACAUGCCACAUACAUACGGUUGAACGAGUGUCGAGCGAACACGUGAACAGUUCUCGCGCAGUUCGCGAUCAGAGAUUCUCCGCGUCACGUUGCCAAAAAAACGAACAGGAAAAAAAGAAAGGAAGAAGAGGACGAAAAAUGGUGUUUCGAAAAGCCAAUGAAAAAAAAGAAAAAAGCGAAAGAGAAAUCGCGAAACACGAAUCUCAAUGAGGCACUCGCGUUCUCGACAAUUUCGAAACGGCGCCGCGUAUUUCCGGUUUAGAGGAUCGCGAGGCUGGCCACUCGAGCGACGGGACGAAUGCCGUGUAAAGCCUCGUUCACGCUUGGACACGUUCCCGCCGAAAUAUCGAGACGAUAGGUUUUCUGGGGACCAUUGGAAACAACAUCGUCCUAUGUCCCGUCGAUUUCGAGAUUUCGAGUGGCGAUUCGGCUUAAUCCCGCGCGGUGGCCGUUGAAAAUGGAAUAUUUCUCUUCUUAGUGACUAUAGGGGAUGUUUUGAAAUCUGCGAUAGAAAAUUCUUUGAAAGGAGGAAUUACAAAUUGGUAAAAAUGAUUAUUUAUAAAAUGGCAAAUUAUAGUUUUGUAUUACGUGAAAGAUAAAGAUUAAUUUAUUCAAUCUGUAGAUCCGAUUUUGUUAAUGUCCAUAAGACUGCUACAGACUAUCAAUGCUUCAAAUAAAUUUAUUUAACGAUCAUUUCAAUCGAUUUCAUUCUACAAACAUUUCCAAAUAACCAUAGUCCACAGUCCACUGCAAUGAACUAACGGAAUGCAGUUUACACCAGCAUCUAAACGGCCAAGCAUCAAAGUCACAGACAAGAAUAUCAAACAAUGCGGUUUAUAAAUAACGAGCGGGAACGUAUACAUAGAAACCGCGCGAACAAAAAUAAGGUUUAAGAAACCGGAAGUACACGGGGCCAGGGAACACAGGAACAUUGCCAAACGAUCGCGGAGUGGCGCGCACGCCGAACAGGUUACCAAACGUACACGCAUGCAACGCAUGGAUCGCGUCACUAUUGCCAAAGAAUAAUAUUAUUAAGCGAAGAUGCUUUUCGUGACGAGGAUCGGGGGAUCGAUCGAUCGGCGAGCAGUGUCGGCAAGGAAUCGGUCUCGUUCUGCAACCCGUUUAGUGGAAAGCCGCAAUGCCGGCCGCUGGGCCGACAGUGGUUCUCAACCGGCCGCUCCGACGUCUAAAGUCGGUGUCCUCUAAAGAUGAUGUCCGAUUGGGCAGCCACGUUCAAUUAGCUCUCGCAUACCCAACCAUUCGAUCGGUCAUCAUUUUCUUCAGCUUCCUUGCUCCGUUUCAACGCAAACAAACCGGGAAUGUCAGGCAUCGCUGCGUCGAUCGUACAAACGGUCGCGUUUGAUUGGCAGCUCUCGAGGGGGCAUCGCUGAAGUGGCGGGCUCUCUGAGUCAUCGCGGGCAAUAAAUAAACAGUGGAAGACAGCGAGCCUCGGGGAUCUGGUAUAUAUCUGUUAUUAACUUCACGGUGAACCCCUUAUACGCUGCGAGCCGUUUUGAUAGAAAUCAGCGAACGCGGAUUCUACGCGGAUGAUGGACGUUUUUUGGGAAACGGCCUGAUGGAGUCACGUUCACACGUAGACGUUCCUUUACCGUUUGUUGGUCACCUGACAGCUCGGUGGGAGUUUUUUCUAGCGAAAUUUGUGAAAAUAUUGUUGAGAGCAUUUCUUUGUUUAUACCAAUUCGGAUUGCGAAAGAAUGGAAAUGGAAUGAGUAGGCUCUGUUUGCAUUCGUUUUCAUUGAAGGGGUGGGUCAUUUGUUGGUAAUAGAUUUUAGAAGAAUGGUUGAUUGACUAGCUUGACUUCGCGUUUUGUUUUUAUAUGAUACUGGUAUUUAUUAAUGAAAGUUGUAUAUAAGUAGUUGAAUUUAUUGGAAAACACAUCUUUAUUAUUAGCGCGUGACUCCAUCGAUAUUUUUAGGCGGUUUUUAUUGUUCAGAUGUUGAGUCUGGUGCACAUUGAGUAACUGCGUUCACUCUGGUAAGAUUUUAAUGGAAUAAAGCUGAGAUUAAAGUUAUAGAAACGCGAGUGUUAAAUUGUUGAAAAUAUCUCAAGAGAAUAAUAUACCCAAAAGUGAAGGAAAAUUGUAUAUUUCCGAAGCACGCCUAUGAAAACAUUUACAACCAAAUUUCCCUGAUGAAUAAGUGUUCAGAUAUCAACCAGAAAAAUAAAAAAUCGAUGGACUCUGUUUUUUGUCUGGUGUUUACUAGGAAAAUUUCAUUGAUGCAGGAAAAAUAUUUUCGUAAACGUUGUUCGGGCACCUGGGAAUUUCCAUUUUUCAACGUAGGUUUCCUUAUACUCCAUUAUUUUUUACGGCUAGUCAUUAAUUCUGAAUAAACAAACUACAGAAUAUUGCUUCUUAAAUGUUGAGAACAGGAGUGUAAGCAAUUCUUUUAUUAGAUAAUAGAUCUCCAAGCAGUUUCAAGAACUAAUGAAAAUUCAAUCGGUUGAAGGGUUCUUGAACGUCGCGAAUUAUGCGCGCUAUUAUCGUACACGUUUCGAGUCAGUGUGUUUCAAGCUAUUGUUCACUGUGUACCGAGCUUAAUGUACCAUCAUUUAUUUAAUCAAAUCUUUUAAUAAAACAGAAACUUCGAAAUCAAUAUUUUUCAUAGCGAUUGCUCUUAUCAUACGUUUUCGCGUGUCAUUAAACAGUAUCGUUCAACAAGAUUUGGCUCGUUCGAUAUUCCGAGAAAAUUAAUUAAUUCUUUAGUUCAUAGAAAACAUUGUGUCAGAAAUAUUUGAGUGACAUGACAGUCGAAACGUUGAAUGCACUGUUCUGAUUCCCACGAUUAGAAUCCGCGAUUCGUACACGCUGUUUCGUGAAUCGUUGUUAAUGGUAUUUAAUUGAUGUUGUUUACCGCCGAUGGAAAAUACUCUACGCAACGCGAUACAUGACAAUGCAGCCAUUUUAUUUCCGACGAUCUGUUGUCUUAUCGUCGAGUUUCCUUGUCCGUGCAGAUACACGAUACCAAAGAGAUUGCGCUCAGGAUCGUCACUGUUAUUGUUGUUGUUUACAUAGUUAAUGUUAUUUAUCGUCAGUUCUUGGAACAGUGACCUGUUGGUUCGAAUUAUUGAUUAUUGAUACGAAGGAUGUGGUUAUUAUGACUCGUGGUGGUUUUUAAUUGGUCUUUUUUCUUGUUUUUGUAGGUGUUGGGAGGUUUCUUAAUGGAAAUAUGUGAAGUCAGUUGCAAAAGUCUUACAUACACUGGCUGAUUAUAAUGAAACAAAUGUUUGGAAUGUUUCUUGGAUAUCAGUUCAUUUAUUAAUUAAAAUUACAUAGAUUACAAAAGAAAUUACGACACUUCUUUCAUUUUCUUCUAUGAGAUAAAUAUAUUGCAACACAAAAUUGUAAAAUCACGGCAAAGGUAAAAAUCAUUAUUUUUUCUGAAUGUGUUUUAUUUUAAUUAAAUAAAGGAGUCAAUAUUUAUAAAGUGUCAGAAAUUUUUUUGUUGCAUGUGUUUUAGCAGGUAUAUCUAUUCACAAUUUUGUAACCGACUGUAACUUUUGUUUCUGAAUGUCCGUCCCAAUAAUAAUUAUUAUAUAAUAAUGUCAAGGUAGAAUUGAAUUAACGUCUUUCGUUUUCAUAAAAUGCACUGCAUAAUAGAUUUAAUUCUGAAAAAGAAGAUACUUAACCUUCUUCAAUAUAAAUGAAUUAAUACAAUUCAAAAUAAAUAAAUCUAAUCUAAUUUAUUGUUAUAAUUUUCUUACGUAUCUUAAGUUCUAUAUCAAUUUGUGUUCCUGAAAUAAAUAUAAACAUACAUUUCGAAAAAUUAACAACAGACACAUCGUGUUACACUACAAAUAAAUUCCCACCACUUGCAAUAUUAUUAAUGGACAAAAAUUUUAGUCAGAAAUCAAAUUGUAAAUAUUUUUCAACAGAGUGUCUGAAUAGAAUUGACAGAGUGAUCUUCAAAUCUGAAGAAUAUUCAUUCUGGCUGAACACCCCUAUCGUUAUUCUAAUUUUUGUUUCUUAGUAAAUCGGCUCACUACAUUAUUGCAAUCAUUACAAGUUAUUUAACGGUCAUAUGCUAACGGUAUUAGCAAUUCGAAGUUUUCCAAUAAACAAACACUCAAGUUUCUUCCAUAUUUUUCCAAGUGAAACGGAUAAAACGAAUAUACCCUUAACUCCCUAACCUACAAAUAACUAUCAAUCGACGUGAACAACUAUCAACGACUAUUCUCUGUGUCGAUAGAAAUCAAAAGCCUGUCACUGAAAAAUUCCUGUGUAAACUUUCUUCAAGCUAACUGUACACAGCUGUCGCUGAAACUAGAAAGAUCAUUUUCAAAGAAAUAACACGAGAAUGCCAGGAAACCAAUGUAAUUAAAGUUUCGUCAAAGAUCGGUCAUACGUCAGGCGGACAGCCCGCUCCGUUGUAAUUUAUUUAUUAAAUGUAUGCGUACUUUAGUUGUUAAUUAACUAUAAUUCGCUGCGCGAAGGAUCUAUUGUUCAUAUUUUAUAUCUUUAACCGUGUAAUCGUCGUUCGUUGAGUUCGUUUUUAUCAAGUCUGAGAAUUUUAUUUAUGACACCGUGGUUUUUGUUUUUCUUUUACCCUUGUUUUCUCUUUGUUUCCUUUUUUAUAAACAUGUAUACACACACACACACACACACACACACGCACACGUAAAUACAUAUAUCUAUAUAUGCGAUUCACCGUUUCUCUGUGAUAGAAUGUAUUAAAAAAAGAAGAAAAAGAAAGAAAAGAUUAAUUCACGACAAUGUAAAUAAUUUGUAUAUAAUGUCGCCCCUCGUUGCGAGGCGUCCAGCUGCAAUAAUUGAAAGUUAAUACAUGCGUUUCUUCCGUAAUCGACCUAUUAGCUCGUAAAAGAUGAACAUGAUGAUGAGAGGAUGAGAGAAAGAAAGAGAGAGAGAGAGAGAGAGAGAGAGAGAGAGAGAGAGAGAGAGAGAGAGAGAGAGAGAGAGAGAAAGACAGAAGAAAUGUAGUCGGCGUAUUAACAAUCAAAAUGCGUAACGAUCGUAGAAUAAAUAAGCGAGAAAUGACAAUGCGUGAAACAAUGAUUCUGUAGCGCGUUUCGAUGAUUCGGCGCGUGAUCCUGCAACACGGUGUUACACCGACGUAACAUCUCGUUCCUCUUGCGUACGUUAAUUGUUGUCCGAAGCACGAAUAUUCUUUUUAAAUGUACAUACCAUCGAACUGUGUUUUUAUUUCUAUCGAAAAGCUCAAUCGGGACGAGCGCGUGAUGAAUAUGGAAUUUUGCUGAAAUUUCAUUGGAGUAACGAACAUCCUGAAACUAAGGAAAAAAAUUCGAAUUAACGUUUGUUUCAUUAUUAUUGAUUUUUAUCAGAUUUUUGUGUUCCCUCCGUGUAAUUGUUCAUCGACGAUUUCUUUGUAAUUGAAUUGUUAGGUGUACCGUGUCAAUGAGUUGUUACCGUGUAGAUUUUGUGACGUUUUAACAAAAAUUUGGGGAAUUCUGCACUGUGUUCUGGAUUCAUACAAUUUGCAAUACUUUGUCUAGCUUUUUAUACUAAUUGCAGAGUUAUAAGAAUGGCUGGUAAAAGGUAUAAUAUUUUUCUAGGGAAUUUUAAAUUAUAAAUAUCGAUAUCUCUCAUUGUAAUUGAAUAUUCGCGAUGAACUAUAUUUUAAAUAUAAAUUAUGUUUCAUAAUACAUUAUUUGGUUUAUGUUGAUAUGGUUAUAUUUUCUAUGUUUCAUUUUAAAACAUGGGGAAUCUUAUUAAUUUUUCGACGAAUUUUGUUCUUGGUUUUGGGGUGGAACACGUUCCCAAAAAUUUGGCAGUAGUUGUUGCGGUUGUACCUUGUUAAUUAUUUCAGAGUGAAAUGUAUGAAAUUUCAUCUCUCUUCAUUAAUCAAAUUUACAGCAUUGAAAUAAAAUGGAAUAAAAUAAAAUGAAAUGAAAUGGAAUGAAAUGAAAUGAAAUGAAAUGAAAUGAAAUGAAAUGAAAUGAAAUCACAUGAAGGACAUAUAAAAAGGAAUGCACAAAUACUACAAAGCGCACUGAAGGUGUUUAUGCGAUAUUUUCAGCUCAAUCAACUUUAUAAGUAUUUUGUAUUGUUUGUAAUAGUUUUAAUUGUAAACUUUCAAUAAUCGUAAUGUAAUUAUUUUUAUUGUAAAUUGGUCUCCUCUGAUCGAUCAAAAUUCUUCAUCGUUCACCCAGGUUUCAUUUCCUCCACUUUCUUUUGUACAUCGAGCGUACGAAUUAAAUGCUUUUCAGUUA